CUCCACCUCCACCGAUCCCUUAGAUCUAUGGCCGCCGCCGCCCUCCCCAAGUGGGUGAUGCUGGAACGCUUCGUCUUCCGUAGGGACGACCCCAACUCAUUUCGCAAGGACGAGAGGACCUCAGCGAGCUGCAUCACCUGCACUGGCGCUCGCAUCGAAGUUUCCUUCGUCCUCGCGGAACCCCCGACCCCCUCGCGCAUCUACCUCUCGUGGCCGGAAGGCCCAAGGCUGAGGGGGUGUGCCACCUCGUGGCGGCGCACCGCGACCUCGUCCUCAUCAGGUUGUCCUCGCUCGUCGACGAAUCCGUGCCUUUCGGGGAGGCUCGGCAUGAAUACUUCAUCUACAUAGCCGCCCGUACCUUUCAGGUCCCGCCCUUCCUCAGACCACUGCCCCAAUGCAUCGAGUAUGACGCUGACCUUGAGAUGCCAAUGACAUACCCGUUUUCUCUGCGAUCUGUUGGCCUAUUGUGCUAUGGUGAACAUGAGUUUGUUGUGGCGGGUCUGCAAGUAUUCAGGUCUCGUGUAACAUUGAAGAUGGAAGCUGAGCUGUACGUGCUCCGCUCGUCAUCGUCCUGCCAUGAUGAUGGUGCUGAAAAUUCGGACAAGAAGUGCCUGCCGAUCCUGUACCAAGAAGAGGAUGAAGACAACGACUUGCAGUACUGGGAUUGCAAUGAGGUGGUUCCCUUCAAGAAUUCCUUGUUCUGGGUUAGUUAUGAUACAGGGAUCUUAUUCUGUGACGGCAUCCUUGGAGACAACCCCAAGAUCUACUACAUCCGUUUUCAUCCUGACAACUUUGUCCGCGAUAAUCCUCUCUCCAUGUGCAAGGCGCUGUACCGCAGCUUGUGUGUAACUGAUGGUGGUUGUCAGUUGGUAUUUGUUGAUGUUGCUCGUCAUGAUGCAACUGGUUUGGGUCCAAUGGCCCCUGGAACUGGGUUUACCAUGACCUUGUGGAAAUUGAAGAUGACAGGGAAUAGCAUCAUGCCGUGGGAGUGGAUGAAUGAUGCUGUGGUCACUUCAGCUGAACUGUGGGCUGCAAACAGCUCUGAGCAUCUCCCACGUAAGGUUAUGAUGCUCCCGUUAGUGAGUCUUGAUAUGCGUAAUAUUGUGCACGUUGUAUUGUAUGGAUGGGAGACUGGCAGCUUCUCGCUUGUUACCAUUGACUUGAGUGACAAGCAAUUGCUGGGCUCAGUUGUUACAUACAUUAAGUCGUCAAAGGAAGGCCUUUGUACUGAUGAUGCUGAUCUGGUCAGGGCAAAGCCAAGCUUCUUCCCACACUUCCUUCCAUCAGAGUUCCCCAAGUUUCUGAAUCUCAACAGCAUUAUGGAGCUCAAGCAGAAUUGACUUACCAGAUUGAAAGUAUAAAGGAGAAAGGUAAAAUAAAGGAUUCAUACAUUGUGUGGAUUCAAUAAAAAAACAGAGAAACACCAGAUCGAAGCAUCUGAAGCUGGCAAAAUGGAACAUGAAUGCAAAUAACAAGAGGAUUAGCUGAUCCCUGUGGAACAAGCAGCAAGGCAAAAAAAGUUGUAGAGAUGAAGACCAUAAUGGAUUCUGAGAAGAACCAAAGCACUACUCAGAACACACAUGGAACCAGAAAUAAACAUGCAAGGUACUACAGAGGUUAGGGGGCAUCGAGUUGCACACUCCACAUAUAUAACCACUAAAAAUGAAAUUUCACCACUAAAAGCAAGCACCACGCAUACUACCAGUCCAAUACCAGGAACAGGGCACCGCACACCAGACAUCAACUAAACAUAUGCAUCAAGCACAAAGAUGAGAAUUGUAGUGGUAGAGGCUUCUUCUCGACACUUCGGGCAGGGCACAAACAUUCUUAUCAUGGCUAAUCCACAUGCUUCAUUUUCUUUCCUUUGGGUAGCAAUUGUAUGCUGUUCAACAAUCGUAACGAUCUAUGAGUUUGAUGGAAAGUUUGGGCAACUAAGUUUACACCAGAGCGAUCAUCAACUAAAGAGCAAUUACUUUACUUUUAGAAAUUAGAUUGCAUCGAUACAUGAUUGAACCAGCACAAUGAUCUGCAGCCUACAAACCAAUCUAGCAACACAAUACCAAUAGCACAAUGGGUAAUUGCUAGAAAGAAAUUUAAAUUGAAAACAGAGGAUGUUGCUUUCAGUUAUGUACCAAUGGGUAACUAAGUUUACCAGAAUGAAGUGAGCUACCUUGGUCAACCUAUCCACAAUAACCCAUAUCGAGUCAUACCCAUCCUUUGUACAGGGCAAUCCCCCAAUGAAAUUCAUACCAAUUUCUACCCAUUUCCAUUCUGGCACCUUCAGUGGCUGCAAAAAACCGGCUGGUCUCUGAUGUUUUGCCCUGACUCUCUGACACAUCUCACAACGUUGCAUGG